AUGAUCGAUGCAGUGAUAUCGAAACUGCGACACCACGUAUGCGAGGCACAGAAGGAGUGGAAUCCAAAAAUUACACAAACGGAUCCGCAAAUCUUGCCUUUUGUGACGUUAUCCUAUGCACAAAGCAUUGAUGGAUCCUUAGCAGCUGAGAGAGGCAAACCGACACUACUGAGCGGGCCUGCGUCGAUGAAAAUGACUCAUAUGUUGCGUACACUUCAUGAUGGAAUUAUGGUUGGUGUUGGGACUGUGAUCGCAGACAACCCGUCGUUGAAUGCACGGCUGGUAGAAGGCUGCAGUCCACGACCAAUCAUCGUCGAUACGCAUCUACGUUGCCCUACAUCUCUCAAACUGUUUACCUUGUCAACGUGCCAAAAGCCAAUCAUUCUUUAUGGCCGCGGAUCGCAGGAUCCAGAAAUACAAAUCCGGAGGCAAGCUCUCGAGAUGAUGGGGGCUGCAGUUUUAGAAUGUCAGACUAUGUCUGGAGAUGCUGGUCGCAAUUACGUCGAUCUUCAUGAUGCCCUUUGCGUAGUGAGACAGAACGGGAUAAACAGCGUCAUGGUCGAAGGCGGAUCGGCUAUCUUAACGUCAUGUCUUCAGCAAACCACACAACGACGCUUUAUUGACCUUGUCAUCGUCACCAUUGCCCCCACUUUUAUUGGUGGUCUCCGAGUGGUGAGCACUUUACUUCCAUCUAUCACAAUGCCCCGAACUUUUCCUCGACUACAACAGCCUCGUUAUUAUGUUUUGGAAGAAGACUUGAUAAUCCUCGGACGUCUCGCAUACUAA